UUGACUGAGGGACGAGUGAAUACAGCGCUGCAUGUUGCAGAUCGCAGGAUGGACUCCAGCGGGAAACCCUCCACUGCACAGAUCGUGGUUUUAGCCACCAGCUCGGCCUUGACUGCAGUCUUUUAUUCAAUAUACAGGAGCAAAGCUACAACAGUUGCCAGAUUAAAGGAAGCCAAGAAAGUAACCAUUGACCAGGAUUUGAAAAACAUCCUGUCUGAAACUCCUGGAAGAUGUGUCCCAUACGCUGUCAUCGAAGGUGUUGUGAGAUCUGUGAAGGAGACUCUGAACAGCCAGUUUGUAGAUAAUUGCAAAGGUGUCAUUGAAAGACUGACCCUGAAGGAGGAAAAGAUGGUGUGGAAUCGCACCACUCACCUCUGGAACAACACAGAGAAAGUCAUCCACCAGCGCACAAACACAGUCCCAUUUGCCCUCGGCUCUCAUGACGAAGGCAUCGCCGCCACGAUACGAAUCAUACGUCCACUAGAUGCUGCAGAGUUGGACCUGGAGACCACCUACGAGAACUUCCACCCCACAGUCCAGUCCCUGUCCAAUGUUAUCGGCCACUUCAUCAGCGGCGAACGACCCAAGGGCAUCCACGAAACUGAGGAGAUGCUCCGGGUGGGAGACAGCGUCACAGGCAUAGGAGAGCUGGUCCUGGACAACAACCUGAUCAAGCUCCAACCUCCAAAACAGGGCUUUCGAUAUUUUCUCUCCCGUCUGGACUACGAGUCUCUUCUGAGGAAGCAGGGUAACGGCGUCAGACUGUGGAGGAUCCUGACCGUCGUCUUCGGUGUCGCCGCCUGCUCCACGCUCUUCUUCAUCCUGUGGAAGCGAUACGUGCACCACAGGCAGAGCAAGAAGGAGAGGAGCAUGCUCGAGGAGUUCAAGGAGCAUCAGAGGAAGCGUAUGCGUGAUCUCAACAUUGAGGAAGGCAGCGUGUCACCGACCAGCUGUACUGUUUGCCUGAGCCGGGAACGGUCCUGCGUGUUUCUCGAAUGCGGACACGUGUGUGCCUGCGCCCAGUGCUACGAGGCCCUGCCAGUGCCAAAGAAAUGCCCAAUCUGCAGGGCAAUUAUAGACAGGGUAGUGGCUCUCUACAACAGCUAAUGUGGGGAUUUUUUUGGGGAAACUCAGUGAUAAAAAUGCUUCCUCAUCAAAAGACUUUCUCGAUCACGGUAGCCUCAGAAAUAUUUCAUUCAAAAUCUGUUCCGUCAGGCUUGAAAAGGGUUUUGUCUGUACUUUUUGUACUUUGGUCUUUUUCUUUUUUUUUUGCUAACUAAUAACACUGUGAUAAAUAGUAGAUAUCUCUGUGCUGAAUCGGUUAUAAUCACAUUUCCGAUGAAAUGUGGAAAUCCCAUUUGAAACCUGUGAUUCAUCUUGAUAGAGAAAAUUAAAUCUCUUCUUUCAUCUUGAGAAAGAAAAUGAGAUUUCUUCUCAUUUAGACGCUGACAAAUGCUGAACGAUUUUGGAUGUGUUUCUUGAUAACGAUUGAUCUUAGAAGUUAAGAGCAUUUCUACAAACUGUUAUUUUUUAGCACUUAAGAAAGUUAAAUACACUUUAAAGUAAUAUAUGUAAACCAUACUGUAUGUUAAUAAUACAACAAUCACAGAGCCUAAAUGCUGUUCUUAAUGUGACGUCAACAGCUUACA